UAAAUACAAACUUUGAAUUUUUGCGGAGUUAUGAUGUGGGGUUUUAAUCAGAUAAAGGCCUUAUCAGUAAUGUACUGAUCCACACCGGACAUGUUCUCUUCAACGACAUAACGUUUUUACUGUUCAACAUUUGGACAUGUACAUAUCCUGUGUAAAUAGUUAUGAACGACAUUGAAAGAUAUCACAGCAUGUAAAGGUAAUUUCUUUUAUCAAGUUACGAUUUAAUAUUCUUAUCAGUAGACAUGUACAGACAUAGUUCGCCUUUGGUGAAACCUGUCUAUGAAGUUUUGAAAUCGGAUCAUGACCAAUAAAGUUUAUUAGAAAAAGACGCAUGAAUUCCUGGUAACGAUGGCGGAAUCAAAAACAAUUCAGGAAGCAGAAAGCAAAGGUUCUGACGAUGUUUUUGACAUGUACUGCGAAGCUUGUCAUAGGGAAGGGCAACAUGAGAUAGCCUGUGCAUUUUGUUCUGCUUGUGUGACCUACUUCUGUUCAACUUGUCUGAAAUACCAUGGAAAGUUUUAUCCUUUUCAUAAAACCCUGGAAGGAAAUAAAAUGCCCCAAGAUUUGUGCUUGGAAAAAUGUGAGACACAUACAAAGGAGGUUGUAAAAUAUUUUUGUACUACUUGCAAUAAAUUUGUUUGUUGUAUUUGUAAACCGGAGCUACACAAAGAUACGUGUAACAUGAGCUAUCUCCCCGAUUUCGUUACGGACACUAAAUGUGAGGAAGAACUUAAAGGGUUAAUGAAACACAAGGAUGGUAUUGUUAAACAUCUUUCAGAUUUCACAGGGGAAAUUGAUACAAGAUAUGAAAGUAUUUUUGUUGAUACAGCAGAAACGAGAACUGUAAUUAAAAAGGAGAAGGAAUUAAUGUUUGCGAAGUUCGAAGAGGAAAUUUCAACACUAGAAGAAACAAUACAAACAAAAAAGGAAAGUGAUACUUUGAGCAUUGACAAAGCGAAGGAAAGGCUUGAAUUGCUGCAAAAAGAAACUGAUCAAUUAUCAAAGAACGUUAAAACAAUAAAACAACUUCAAAAAAGUCGUAAGUACACGUUAUUUAUGAAAAUAAAACAGCUGAGCGUAAAUUUGACUGAAAUGAAUCAAAUCUUGGGAGAUUUGACACAAGAUUCGUCAAAAAUAGACAAGGACUUCAAGGAUGAAGCGAGAAAGAAAACAAAUGAUUUGUUAAAAAGAGUUAAAGAAUUUGGAACAAACAUCGCUACAUCUCAAGAAUGUCAUGGCAAAGGGAUAAAAAAGACAGCGAACUUUGUCGAAGAUAUAAUUGUCAAGGACAUCUGUGAUGAGGAAGACUGUUGCAUAUGCGACUUAUGUAAACUGUCCGAACAAUAUCUUGUCUUGUCUGAUCGUAGUAAUUGUUGUCUGAAAUUAGUCAAUUUAAAAAGUAAGAAUUUAUUAGAUCGGCUGGCUCUGAAAAGGACUCCAGAGGGUGUUACUAAGAUUACGGACUCGAGAAUUGCUAUGGUUCAGUUAUAUGAAAAGAACGAAAAGAACGAGAGCCGUAGUAUAAUUCAGUUUUUAAAACUGACAAAUGCUAAACAACUCGUUUUUAUGAAGCGCUUUAUAUUGACAGAAAUGUAUUGUGCUGAUAUUGCGUACAUUGGUGAUGAAAAGUUGGUAAUUGCAAUGACUGCUGAUUAUCAUGGCAAACUUCAGAUAAUGGACUUCAGUGGACGUGUUAUUCGCACAUUUGAUAUAGAUGAAAAGGGAGAGUCUCCCUUUCAAUGUCCCUAUUACUUAAAUACUGAUAUAAUGGGAAAUCAGUUUUACGUCACAGAUUGGUUAAAUGACAACAUUUAUAAAAUGGACAUUGACUUCUCAUAUGGAUAUUCUUAUUCGCCACGCAUCUGGCAUCCUUUAGGUAUAACGACUGAUAAGGAUGGCUUCAUUUAUGUCUGUGAAUCCGGAACUGGUAGUAUACAUGUUUAUCAUACCGAUGACACUAAAAAUACGGACAAACAAGUUUUGUUGAAGUUCGACGAUUUUUGCCCACAAGCUUUACUUUAUUCUGCUUCGUUGUCGAAGCUGUACGUUAGUUUUGACGGUGCUGAUCGCCUAAAGGUAUACAAUAUCAUUAAUUUUUAGAACUGCUAAACUUCGAGUUCAACGAAUGUAGAUCAUGAAUUUAAAUGUAUUUAUUUGUCUUUGUGUGAUCGGGAUUGGAAAGCUUUCCGCUGUUUACGUUAAAGAAAUGUUAUAAAUUAAACUGCCAUUUUCUUCUAUCCAUGAUUUGUCGAUUUGAUAUAGAACAUGUAGAACGUAACAAUUAAAAUUCACGAUGAUUCAGUUAAAGAGAUAUAAACAUUAUUGAAUUUAGAAGAAUAAGACCUUUUCGGAUAAAACUCUAAUAAAAUCUCUGUCACGAUAUACAGUAAGGUGAAGUGAACGUUAUCUUGAAAAGGUGUAAAGCGAGCAAACUUUAAUUUUGUGUAAUACGGAUCGACACUGGCUCUUUUCACAUUAUCAAAGAGAGAUAACAUUAUUAAACAGUAAAUGUCCUAAACACACUGCUGAUAAUGUUUACAUGAUGGUGUGAUCACAACGACGAUCGAAACAAUAUUUAAAUAAAGAAUACAAUUUCAUGUUUUGAGUACGUAAUAUAUAUUCACUCAAAAGACACCUUUUGAUUGCCUUGCACUUGUAAAUAUUCUUAAAACUUAAUGAUAUUGAAUAUGUAUUGUUUUAUGGACAUUUCAGUCUUAUCAUUCACUAGUUUAAUGUUGAUUAUUUUACUAAGUAUUGAUUGUAGAACUUAUUGAUACAUUCUUUUAGAAACACUGAGCAUGGCUUAGGAUUAUUUUAUAUAAUUAUGUACAAUAUAUAUAGAAAAUGGUUCUAUCUCUAUUUACUCUGGCCUUUAAUCUUAGUGGAAUAGAAGUUGGUGAUUAAGCAUUUGCAUGUGUUUAUAAAUAACUUUGUAGAACUUUGCUAUUAUUGUUAUCUUUUGUAGAAAAUGUUAUGUUAAUGUUGUUUCUUAAACUUUUCCAUGAGUCAUAAUCUAUUAUUAGAAUAUAUAUGUAAAAAAUAUAAGCCUGAAGCAUUUGUUGAGUAAAUUCUGAUAAGCAGUACAUGUAAUAUGCAGAACAAUCAGAUGAGUUGUUACAUACAGUGCCACCACUAUGUAAAUGCUAGCUCCCUCUGGGUACAGAAGUUCAUUUAACCAGGAAGCUCAGGGACUUUUGUAAUUCUGCUGCUAAUUUAUAAAGAAGUAACAUCUCUAAAAGCUCUCUAAUGUUUAUUAAAGAACUAUAGAAUUUAUGUUAGGCACUUUUGCAUUGAUUAUCUUUAUUCACUGAACAAUAUUUGAUGAAUUUGUAAGAAAUUUAAGUUGUUUCUUUUUACCGAAGUAAUUAAGAUUAUUUCAAUAAUUUUCUCUUUGUUUUUAAAAAUGACAGUCAUCUAUAUUUAUGAGAUUUUCGCUCUUGGUGGUAUAACUUUAAAACAGGACUUGCUUCUAUUUAGAUUUAUCUGUUAAAUAGCACAGAAUCAAUUAGGUUAUUUUUCAUACUUUCAGAUAAUUAUUACAUUUUUGGCACUUGUUUGACGGGUUCAAAUCUUUAAUUCAAUAUUAUUUCUUAUAAUAAUAUAUUUUGGUUAAUUAAGAACAGUUUAUACAAGAGUGCAUUUUGUAAACUUGUUUUGCUUUAAGUUACUUUUAGUUAAGUGUAAAAAAGUGAGUUUUUAAAGAUUUGUUUGAUUCAAAAGUAUUCAUUGUUCGUGGGUUAUUUUCCUUUGCAUUCAAUGGCCGUUUUAUCCUGACAAUUAGAUUUUUCCUCCAUUAUAAACUAAAAUUCAUCUCUAUAUAAAAUUUCUAAACCUAUUUUUAGCACCGUAACAUUUCAUUGAUAUUCUUAUUAUGUUUGUUUGAGUUUAUUUAUUCCUAACCAUUUGUUAAGAUGAUUGAAUUCCAAAACAGAAACCGGUGCUUUUACAGAAAAUUUAGUAAACAUUAAUAGGUAUAUGAAACAUAAAGGUGGUUUACUUUGAACAAUGUAAACAUAGGCCUCAUGGAAGUAUUUGUUCUGAAGAUUCAAUAACACAACAGAAGCCGUGCUGUCUGAGACGGGGAUUUGAGGCAGCAUCAGAAAACUUAAGUAUGAAAGUGUAUUAACUUUGACCAAUGUAAACAUCGGCUGCAUGGAAAUAAACCAGUCCUGUGAGAUUUUUCAACAUAUUUUAUAGUCCAAAAUGUAUAUAAGAAAGACAUUGAUCAGAUUACGCCAAACUUUGGAUAAGGACCUCGAACACAAGAAUAAGAAUACAUAAAACAAAUUAUGUAUAAAGGUCUUACCUACGUUAAGAAACUAAACAUGCAAACAAGUGGAAAAUGAAUGCUAGGAGAUGUUGAGUUUAUUCCAAUAUAUGUAGUAAAAGUCCACUUAAAUCAUUUUAAUAUUAUAGAAAUAAAAGUAGUUUAUAACAUUAUUAUGAUGGUUGUAGAAACCGAAAGUACAAAAUAUCUCAUUUCGGAUUUGUUUAAAAUUGUACAGUAGUGAAUAUGUCUAAUUUGGGUAAGAAAAUGCACAAAACUAUGGUUUUGGAUCUGUAUCAUCUGUCAAGUUAAUAUUAUAGCUAUUAAAAAGAUAUACUGUGCUCAAAUUUGUUAUUAAAAAUCUUGGCAAUUGCUACACAGUGACUUUAUUAAUAUAACAUAAACAUGUUAUGACUGCACACAAAGUAGAUAUG